CGCACAAAACCGCGAGACUUCUAAAUCCCGAUCCUCUUUCAACUAGCCUCCAAGAUGCCCACCAGGUUGACCAAGACGAGGAAGCUCCGUGGACAUGUCAGCCAUGGACAUGGUCGCAUCGGUAAGCACAGGAAGCAUCCUGGAGGUCGUGGUAAUGCUGGUGGUAUGCAUCACCACAGGAUCAACUUCGAUAAAUACCAUCCUGGGUACUUCGGAAAGGUGGGAAUGAGACAUUACCAUCUGAAGAGGAACACAACCCACUGCCCCACCAUCAACCUGGACAAGCUGUGGACGCUGGUGAGCGAGCAGACCAGGCUGAACUACGGCAAGAAGCCAGAGGGACCCGCACCCAUCAUCGAUGCAGUGCGCGCUGGCUACUACAAAGUUCUGGGCAAAGGCAAACUGCCCAAGCAGCCCGUGAUCGUCAAGGCCAAGUUCUUCAGCCGACGGGCCGAGGAGAAGAUCAAGGCAGUGGGAGGAGCCUGUGUGCUGAUGGCAUAACGCUCUUGACAGUGUCUUUUUGGAAAAAAUAAAAUGUAUAAAUGGGAA